AUGGCAAUUUGUAAAUGGUAUGGUUAUCCAGACUUUUUUAUAACCAUUACCUGCAACCCCAAAUGGCCGGAGGUUCAAAGGUUUCUUAAGGACACAAAUCUUAAUCCGGAGGAUAGGCCUGAUAUUUUAUCUCGAAUUUUUAAAAUAAAGCUGGAUGCAAUUUGUAAAGAUUUGAAAGACCGUGAUUUGUUUGGAAAAGCUUCCGCUGUUGUUUACACUAUUGAGUUUCAGAAGCGAGGAUUGCCUCAUGCACAUAUGUGCUUAUUCAUGGAGAAUGAUUACAAACUUCCAACUGUAGACCAUGUUGAUCAGUUUAUUUCUGCAGAAAUCCCUGAUUUAAACCAAGACCCUGAACUAUAUACGCUUGUGAAAGACCAUAUGAUUCACGGUCCAUGUGGUAAUGCUAGAAUGAGCUCUCCAUGUAUGGUUGAUAGAAAAUGUUCAAAAGGUUUUCCCAAGAAAUUUCAAGAUCACUCAACCUUGGAUUCUAACGGAUUUCCCUUAUACAGAAGAAGAGAUGACGGUUCCUUCGUUUUAAAAAAUAAAAUUCAGUUAGACAACAGAAGUGUUGUACCUUAUAACAAAAAGCUUUUGAAAAGAUAUCAGGCGCAUAUAAACGUUGAAUGGUGCAACCAAGCGGCGUCAAUAAAGUAUUUGUUCAAGUAUAUUAAUAAAGGUCCUGAUAGAGCAACAGUUGCUGUGGUUCUGAGCAACAAUGAAAACGAACAACCAGAAAAUGAUGAAAUUAAAGAGUAUUAUGACUGUAGGUAUAUAUCUGCGUGUGAAGCGUCUUGGAGGAUUUUUUCUAAUGAAGUUAAUUAUAGGAGUCCUUCUGUUAUGCGUCUUCCUUUCCAUCUUCCUGGACAACAAACAGUUUGUUUCGGUCCUGAUGAAGAUAUUAAUCAAGUGCUAAACAAACCAUCUGUGAACUCAUCAAUGUUUUUAGCUUGGAUGCAACGUAAUCAAGAUCCUAACGACCAUGUUGCACGUACACUAACAUACGUACAGUUUCCGCGUUUUUAUGUUUGGAAGCUUGACAAGCGUAUAUGGGUUCCGAGAAUAAAAGGAAAAACAAUUGGAAGAAUUCAUUCCGUUUCUCCUUCUACCGGUGAAGCGUACUAUUUAAGAAUUCUUCUUAACAAAGUUAAAGGACCAACAUCGUUUGAUGAUAUUAAAACAGUUAAUGGUCGAGUGUACGAUACUUUUAGAGAUGCUUGCUAUGCGCUGGGUUUGUUGGAUGACGACUCUGAGUAUAUUGAGGCCAUCAAAGAAGCAAAUAUAUCAGGUAGUGCAGGUUAUAUUCGCAAUUUAUUCGCCACCAUGUUACUGUCAAGCACAUUAUCUAGACCUGAAGUUGUCUGGGAAAGCACAUGGAAGUAUAUGACAGAUGAUUUUCUGUACAGAUUCUCAAAGUAUCAUCGUGUUUCAGGUUUAUCAAUUCCUGAUGAGCAACUAAAGAACUACGUUUUAUGCGAAAUAGAGAAGUUUUUAACUCGGAAUAAUUCAUCGCUUCGGAGAUUUUUAUCAAUGCCUUACCCGGAUACUUCAUCUUUAGAUAACUUUCGCUGCCGAUUGAUUAACGAAGAGCUUGCUUAUGACAGAACAGAGUUACAAAAUGUUUAUCAAGGUCAGGUGAAUUUGUUAACGGAUGAACAACGUGCAGUAUAUGAAGAAAUUAUGAACGCAGUUCAUGGAAACAAUGGAGGAGUAUUUUUUGUUUACGGUUAUGGCGGGACCGGUAAAACGUUUUUAUGGAAAACAUUAUCUGCUGCAAUUAGGUCAAAAGGUCAGAUUGUAUUAAACGUUGCAUCUAGCGGAAUUGCAUCAUUGCUAUUGGAGGGAGGAAGAACGGCUCAUUCUAGGUUUCAUAUACCUUUGAAUCUUAAUGAGGAUUCCGUUUGUCAUAUAAAACCAGACGAUGAUGUAGCUAAAUUACUACAGCAGACCAAACUCAUUAUAUGGGAUGAAGCUCCUAUGGUUCAUAAACAUGCAUUUGAGGCUUUGGAUAGAACUAUGCAUGACAUUUUCAAUAUAUCUAAUCCAUCCAGGUCUGAUGUUUUAUUUGGAGGGAAGGUGAUUGUAUUUGGUGGUGAUUUUAGGCAAAUACUACCUGUUGUUCCAAACGGUGGACGUCAAGAAAUUGUGAAUGCCUCAUUAUGUUCUUCUUAUCUGUGGAGUAAGUGUAAGUUGUUGACGUUAUCUAGAAACAUGAGGUUAACUGUUGGAAGACCAUCAUCUGAAGUUGAAGAGAUUAGUAAUUUUGCAAAAUGGUUGUUGGACGUUGGCGAGGGAAAUGUUGGUGGUUCCAAUGAUGGAGAAGCAAUAAUUGAAUUUAGUACAAGAGCUAUACUUGCGCCUAAGAAUGAGGUUGUUCACGAGAUUAACGACAGAUUGUUGGCAGUUUUCCCUGGUGAAGAAAAAGAGUAUCUUAGUUCUGACAGUCUAUGCCCUACUGAAGAUGGCAAUGUUGAUCACCAAAAUAUAUAUUCUCCUGACGUGCUCAAUGGUCUCAAAGUGUCUGGUUUACCAAAUCAUAGGUUAGUCCUUAAAGUUGGCGUUCCAGUAAUGUUGUUGCGAAAUAUUGACCAACGAAAUGGUUUGUGUAACGGUACAAGGUUAAAGGUCACAAAACUUUACAGCCGUGUUAUUGAAGCUGAGAUAAUUUCUGGUGGUAAUAUUGGUUCUCGGACAUUCAUACCUAGAAUCAAUUUGGUACCUUCGGACCGAAAGAUUCCUUUUGCAUUUCAAAGGAGGCAAUUUCCAAUAACUGUAUGUUUUGCAAUGACGAUUAACAAAAGCCAGGGACAGUCGCUAUCUAAGGUUGGGUUGUACCUAAGACAACCAGUUUUCACACAUGGUCAAUUGUACGUAGCUUUAUCCAGGGUUACAAGACGAGAUGGAAUCAAGUUACUAAUACUUGACAAUGAUGGCAGGCCUACAAAUAAAACAACCAAUGUCGUAUAUAAAGAGAUAUUCAAUGGAUUGUGA